AUGUUCAGAGGGUAUUGGGGAGGGACUUUUGUUAUCAGUGACUUAGUUAGGCAGAUGCAGGGAAGAAAAUACAUUAUCUAUUGGAGAAAUAAUUCAAGUUUUUUAAAUUAAGUUUUUAAAUCCAGAGAGUCAACAGUAAAAUUCGAUUCACGGAACCGAACCUAUUCGAUAGAUAAAAAGUAUUCCCUAAAUCCAAAACUAUAUCAGUAGUCAUUCUUACAAAAGUCGAGAUUGUAUGUAUCCACCUCAACUGUAUUACUCAGUCCUCCCUUCUUUUUCCACUUGUUCUCUUUUAUUUCAUUUCAUUUAUUUUUUCAUUUUUAUUUAAUUUAUGUUUGUCUAUUUUUUAAAGCAUUCAUUAUUCAUAUUUUGAAUAAUGAAUGCUGUCCCUUCAAAUAAAGGAUUCGCUAAUAAUGCCCAUCAAAAUCGUUCACCGAUUAUGCGAAUCCUUUAUAUCGUUCCGCCCAUCAAAGUUCACCGUACCGCCCAUCGUAAAGCCGUGCAAAAAAUCCUGAAGCCUUUAUUUUUAAUAUUUUUUAAAAAAGCCCUCCUUGA